AUGACCAAAUUCUGGGCAUCGUGCGCUUGCCUGUCGUCCACGCAUGCCGUUCUCGCUGGCGCCACAACGUUAAACGGGCUGCUUCGUCGAACGCUGGGCAGCACUAUCGUCGUCGGGCCCUCGCCGCCCCGAUCGUUUUUUCGGUCAAGCACGCGCGGUGUCACACUGGGACUCGCCUUCAGGCCUGAGCGUCAACCGGCGUCGCAAUCGGAUACCAUCUUAUCCCAGAAACGGCCGAGCAACUCUCGGCUUGCUUCAAUGCAGCUGCCGGAGCAGCUUCCAAGCCAUUCCACAUCCUGCCCUGACGAGAAGACAGCUCGAGCGUUUCCUCGGUCUCACCACCGUACCGUGCUCUCACGACCCAACGAGCUCGCCGACAACAGAACAAAACUCACUAGCCGCCAAGAGAUCACUUUCCGAUUCGCGGCGUCCGCAACAGCAGCAGCACAACCACCACCACCACAAGCCAUGAUCAUCGCCCGCGAAAUCGACCCGUGCGAGUCCAAGAUGCUCACAACCAAGCUUCAGGUCCACGUCGCGCCAAGCACAGCCGACAGCAGCAGCAGUAGCGACUACGACAGCAGCCCGGUCGACGAAGAGAGCAGGAAGGAGCUCGUGCGGCGCGGCGCUGUCGGUCGUCGGUGCGCCGUCGUGGCGCUGCCUGCCGACGUGCUCGCCGCCAUCGCGGAGAUCGCCGAGCUCAAGUGCCACCCUCCAGCGCGCAUCCACGCCCCGGCGCCACGUGCCUGCCGGCAAGCAAGCGAGAGCUCGAGCACCGCCGCCUAUAUAUUCGCCGCUGCUAUUUAUCACCUUCGGCCGACACUUCUGUACAUCAUUAUCAUCGCCAGCCGACUUGCACCACCUCCGACCGACCAACUUCAAUGCCCCCUAGCCAACUCCAGUCCAGCCCCAGCCCAGCUCGUCCAAGGAAGACGACCGACCAAUACAGCACUAUCAACAGCCGAAAGAGCCCGUCAAACAGACCCCAGCAGAGCCGUGCAAGCCUGCGCUGACGUGGAGAGCGUGCUCGCCAUUCGGUCGGGGCCUGCGUCUGUCGGGGACUUUUUCUGUUGA